UACAUGAAGCAUGAUGAUGAUGAAAGCAUGUACUGAUCAUGUCAGUGAGCAGGUUAUUUUUUUGUUUCGCAGAUUUUCGUCCUGUUUUCCCAACAUAGACAUUACUCACUCCUCCGCUACUACUGGCGCUAGUAUUGCACCUGCGAGUUGAACUUGAGAGCUUGUGGCGCGUGGAGAACCCGUUCCAGAUCAGACGGCUCGCUAGAGGUCUGUGCGCGGCUUGACGACUAGUCCACGCUCGACAUCUCGGCUGGACUUCCAGGCGCUAGGCUCAUUCUGCAUCUGGGAAUUCCCAGUUCGAUCGGGAAUAACGGGAGCGUCUCAUCUUCCUCGGACCAAGACCAUUCGACUCAGCACCCUGAAGACUACGACUGGUGAAAAUUUCUUUUUAGGAUCACGCGUGGACACACAAAGGUCAUGGCAGCAAACGGUCCCAACAUCACCUGCACCGGUGACAACACGAGUUUUGCAUUCAACACAACUAAUAUGACAAUUAACGUGACGCCGGCGCCUGGCUUUCAACAGCCGCCCCAGAGAGGAGAUGCCAAAGGCACAGCGAGGCCUGAGCCAGAAACCCAGGGGUACAAUGAUGCUCAGCAACACCAGCCCUCGGACGCAUGGCUAGACGAACCCAACCUCGAGGAGUCCUACAUCGGAUGGGAACGAGUACUUCACCCUCAUCGCCUGGAGCUAGAUCGCCUUUUAGGUAGAGAUUCUAUCCAGGAUAGGCUGCAUAUGGUGGAACUCAUUUCAGAUCCAGAAAUGAAAAACGUGCGACAUAUGAGAGCUUCUUUCCAAGAUUUAGGGCAUUAUAUUCUUGAGAACAUAAUAUUUCGCCAUCCCGUUAUAUUUAUUCCCCGUUUUAUCCACGAGCUAAACGGAGAGUUGGGCAUUGAAACUACGGCUGACCUUCGGCGUCGUUAUGAAGCCCUCCAAGCAGCCUAAGUACAGGUGGUUGUGCAAAAGAGAACAUCUCGUAUCUUAUUGCAAUUUUUCAAUUUUCCUUUCUCUCUCUUUAUCCCUCUCUCUCUCUUCUCUCUCUCUCUCUCUCUCUCUCUCUCUCUCUCUUUCUCUCUCUCUCUCUCUCUCUCUCUCUCUCUCUCUCUCUCUCUCUCUCUCUCUCCCUCUCUCUCUCUCUCUCUCUCUCUCUCUCUCUCUCUCUCUCUCUCUCUCUCUCCGUCUCUCUCUCUCUGUCUCUCUCUCUCACUCUCUCCCUCUCUCUCCCUCUCUCUCUCUCAUCCUCAUAAGCAUGCACAGGUACGCAUGUCCAUCCCCCCCCCCCCCCCCCUCCAACCACUGAGCAACUCGGUAGUGAGUGCAGUGGUGGUGGUGAUACCCUGACCGGACAUCAGACUAGACCUGCGCCUGCCCUGCAAAUGCUUAGAAUUGUGUGCAAUUGGCACAUAACCUGCUUUUAGAUCGUUUAGAACCUUGUAUUUCUUUGAAAUUCUAGAACGCAACACAAGGACCAGUACUUCCUCUGGUUAUACCGUUGUCUGCCUUGCAUCCCUUUGUGUACGUCUUCUGUACUGCACUCUUCCCGCAACAAGCAUUGAGCAGUUUAACAGGUUAAGGUGACCUGCUGCCACUGUACUCUCUCCCCAGUAGAGCAGGUACUUGUAGACACUAAGCUACUGCUGCCAAUGAUUAGAUUGGAUUUUAUUUAUCUUAUUUUGAUUUAAAUUUGACAGCGUUAGGCAAGAGUAGACGUACAUCAGCCCUGCUUAUGGCUACGCAAUGAUAAAUCUUCUUUUGAUUCUAAUACAGUAUUUUGUCCA